UGGAAAGCGGAAGCAGCGGCAGCAGGAGGAGGAGGAGGAGAAGAAGGUCGCUUCCCAACCGGGCGCUGAUGGUUCUCCCUCUGCCAGGGCUGCGGGCCUUCGCUGCCUCUGUGCACCUCUCUGGGACACAUGGCCGUGAACAGGAGGAGUGAAGUGUUCCAGAAGAAAGUCCUGGAAAAACUCUUCCCUGCUCCUGUACUUCCCGAUGUAGUUUCUUCAAGCGUGGAAAGCCCUCCUGUUUUGAAAGCUGCAGUUGCAACUCAGGAGGAGGCAAAGAAAGCGGCAGCUUUGGAAAAAGAUUCCAGGGUCCAAGACAAGACAAAUGUGAUUCUACCUUCAAGAAAAACAUACACGGUGACUCUGCCUCCUGAAGGCUUCGUACCAGUUGCUACCAAUGAAAAGAGUAAAGGAUCCUCUGGAAGUGGUGCUGAGGACAGUAAUACUUGUGCUCCAGAGGAGAAUGAUGAAGAACAACUUCCGAGAAAGCGGCGGAGGAAAAAACGGAAGGACGUUUGUCAAACUCCUGCUGGUGGACAUGGACAUCCAGCAAAACGUGGAGGGCGUGAAAACUCAAUGGGAGACAACUUGCAGCCGCAACAGAGGGACAGUCCCAACUUGACUCAAAACCAAAAGAGGAAAAUGAAAAAGAAGCGGCGGAAAGACAAAAUGAGAGCCGCUGGCUUGCUCGGAAAACCCGUUGCCACCGAUUUCACGUAUAUGCCCGAAGAAAAGGGAGGAGGAGAGUCUGAAGUUGCAGAUAAAGGAGAUGACAUACUGGAUUUUUUGCAAGCCACGCAGGAAAUCUAUUUUUCUGACAAGCUCUCAAAGUGUACAGAGUCAACCGACAGCUCCGGAAGCAUCCAUGAGGUUUUAAAGAGUCUUGAAUCUGGCAUGUUGUCAUCAUCAGAUAUUGCACGUUUGCGUCAAAUGAAAUCAUUCGUCCUUCAGCAGAACGUGGAGGAACUAAAUAUUGCCCUGAAAGACCUCAGCACACAUUUAGAGAUGCCUCAUGAUCAAGUCACGGCAAUAUCUUCUUUGUUUCGCUACUGGAUUACAGAUAUCCUUCCUGGAAGGGAGGACAGGAAAUGAGCCGAAUGAGAAUCUCCAUCUGUACAGAGCUAAGAUCUAAAACUUUGAAUUAAACCUUAGAAUACUUGGGGAGAAAUAUGUCCUUGGAGAGGAUACAGGUUCAUGGAGAGACUAUUAAUGGUAGGGGGGGGGGGGGGGCGGUUGGGUUGGGUUCUGUUUGCUUUUUUGUGACUUUCGUUUUUCGUGCACCCAGAGCUCUCAGCCAACGGCUUCAGUGAAGUCCAUUUCACUUUGUUUUUCUUCCAAGAAAUUUGGAGUGGCCACAUUACAAGCCAGCAAGUUCCAGCAUUGAUUUAAGAGGUUGGCUAACAACAUGGACUGCAAAAGCUGUGACUUGAAGUACAGAAGUCUGAUGUUUCUUUUUUUUCCAGCUUAACUCACUUUGAACACAGCUCAGAAACUCUUUUCAUUGAUCGGACCACGGGAAAGCUGAGAAACGUCGGAGACCAAUUUACAGGCAGCAGAGAGGAACACACUGUUUGGUGUGCAAAGAUAGGAAAACUGGAAAAGAUUGGCUUUCCCCAUCAUAUCUCUGGUGGUGGUGUUUUUUAAAAAAGUACUCACUGUAGGAGCAGAAUAAAAGGUGAAUCGUU